AUGGAGGAAUUGGAAGAAAGACAAAAUCUGAUGGACAUGUUGGAUAGGUUCGAGCUGAAAGAUGCUUCUGAUAGAUGGAUAUGGAGGGGAGGAAAGAAUAAGAUCUUUUCGGUACAAAGUGUUAAAGAAUUUUUAAGAAGAGAGAUUGAUGUUAGUGAUCGGUUUAUAUUUGAAUGGCCGAAAUGGACGACGAGAGACUGUAACAUAUUCAUGUGGCGAGUUUCUAUGGAUAGACUCCCAACUAUGGUGGCACUAAAGAAUAGGAAGGUUGAGUUUGGCAACGUGGGAUGCUUACUCUGCGAAGCUGUGGAAGAAACUCUUGAACAUAUCUUAUGCUCAUACGAUUUAGCUACCUCCAUUUGGUAUAGGAUAAGCAUUUGGUGUAAGGUGAGACCCCUCUUCUUUUUCUCCAUCAAAGACAUUUUUGGUUUGGAGGAGCACUUGGGUCUUGGGAAAAAACAUAAGAAGAUCUUUAAAGGCAUUCUCUAUGUGACGUGUUGGUACUUAUGGCGAGCAAGAAACCGCAGAAGGUUCAAUGACGAGACAAUAAGGGUCGAAAAAGUGUUCCAAGAGAUCAAGGCCACUAGUUACUUUUGGUUAAGAAAUAGAAUGAAGAAAUGUACAGUUAGCUUAAAAGAUUGGAAUACGUUUAAUAUUAUGUAG